CAAUCGUGGAGAGCGCAUCGACAACCCACAACUCAACCGCACGCGGGCCCCACCCCCUCCCUCCCCCCUGAUCGCUGUGUUUCAGCUCCCCACACCUCAAUCCCUAGCUGCUGCACUGCCCACGGCCCCACGCGCACGCGUUUAGCACCUACUAUACGCGCCAAGCACGCCGUCUCGAAGCUACCCACCAAACCUGCAGACUAGAGACACAAUGGCCCAGCCCGGAAUGAAGACACUUCUGGACCAGCUGUGUGACAACGAAAUCGACCGUGAGCGUCGCAUGGCCGCCUUGAGAGCGUGCGAUGGGCUCCUGCAACUCAUGAUGCGCAUGGUCAAGGACGGGGUCAAAUACGGCACGCAGGACGCGGACUUGAAGGCGCAGCUGCGUUCCAUCAACCACUGCCUGAAGAGCAUCCGGCCGCCCGUCAACCCCGCGCAUCCGAUCGACCUGCGUGUUCUCGCGACGAUGGACCGUCUGGUGGAUCAAUGCCUGAUGCUGUUGAGGAUUAACGGCAUCCACGGCGACGAGUUGAUCGAAUGGCAGCUCGAGUCGGCUGCGCUGCCGAAAGAAACGCGGUUCGCGGUAAAGAACUUGCAUGGAUUACUCAUGUUCGCGCUCCACGUCAACGAGGUCUACCCGCUCAGGCACUACGUCACGAAGAACGCGGUUGAAACCGCGAUUAAACGUGCGGUCGAGAUCAGAACUCCGGAAGCGAAGAUUGUGGCCAAACAGAUGGCAAGCGUUCUGGUGGUGCUCAAGGCGAUGUGGCUGGAAAUUAACAGGCCAAGAUCGCUUGUGAAGGUAUCGCGUUUCACCUCCCUUCCCGAGAGCCCGGUUCUGGAGGAUCUUAAGAAUUGGUACAACAAGCUGUAUCCUCCUCUGCCGCCGAAAACACCACCACCACCAAAGCCAACGCCGACUCCCGGUCGGACGUGGGAAGCCGCUCCAGACACCACCGAAGAUACCGAAGGGUUUGUGCCGUUCAUGAAGGUGAUCCAGUGGUACUCUCUAUCGCACAGCGUCAUCGGCCAGAAGGACGCGCCCCCCCUCAAUCCCCACGUGAAAGAGAUCGUCGAUAAGUACUUCCCGCCCAACAGCAAGUCAUCGUAGUUACUUACCGGAUCGCAUACCGUUACGUUUGGUAAUUGGAGACGAUUAGAUGUACUUACAUUUAAGCUUGAUGGACUGGUCUGAGUGCUCUAAGAUUACCUACAAAGCUCAUGGUUUGUCCUGUCAAGACUCACGGAGGACAGCUUGAUUCGUUCCUGCCCUGCAGAAUUCGAACACCACAACCUAAAGAAUACCAUGACUUGUCUCUCGUUUGUAAUCUGUCUGUUUCCCAUGAGGAAGCUGUCUCAGCUGCGAUGGCUGAGCACAUAUCAUGCAUGAAACGGAAC